AUGUUAUUGAAUAUUGGAUUCCAUACUGUACUGAUCACAGUAGCUAGCAAUCCAUUUUCUGUGCGCUCAAGUGAAAAUGCCAUACCAAACCUAACUAACGACCGAUCAAUUUCAAAGAGUAAACGUACAAGAUCAUUGCUGAAAUACUGGAAUAGUUUUGAUCCUGCACAAAUUCAUUACGGUGUGCAUCGUUUCCAUUCACAUAGACGACAACAACGUGUUUUCAGUCCUAUGGCUAGUUUAUGGAAAGCUAUGCAAAACCAAAGUCAAAUAAUGGUUAUGACUCGUGGUUUAAAGGAGCCUCGUGCUUCAAUUAUUGGCAAUUUAAUUGCUUUUGAUCGUUAUUGGAAUUUAAUUCUAAAGAAUGUGACUGAAUAUUCUGUUCGUCUUCCGAAAUCAGCUUUAAAAGGUAAUGGAAAACCGGGACGAAGUAAAAAGCGACGAGAACAACGUUUACGAAAGUUUCAACGAAAUAAUAACGCUUUAUUUCAGUUAAAAAAAUAUUCAAAUUUAUACCAUUCUCCAUCUAAUCAAGCUGAUGUUCAGCUGAAAGAUAGUCAACCAUUAGAAAUCGGACAAUUAUUUCCUGAUCAGUAUGGAAAUCAUGAUCAAGAUGGGGUUGUGGAAAAAGAAGCUUAUGAUGAUGAAAUUAAUAGAUUGAGACCUUUUCGUCUACUUGGUAAAUCCCCUUUAUCUGAUACAAAUGAUCAUGAUGACCAAUCUAUCAAAAAAUGCGAUCAGGCUGAUAAAAGUGUUUUAGUGAAUAUUCAUAAUCAUUUAGACGAAAAUUAUAAUAAUUGUUUUUGUCAUAAAUCGUCAAAUUGGACAUCAUCUAUGGUUAAUUUGAAUGAACGAAAUAUGUCUGAAUUGUCUGAUAUCUCACUUUGGUAUAGUUUACAAACUCGUCAAAAACAUCCUUUCACUGAAAAACAACACAAUCAACAAAAUGAAAAAAUUCACAUUAAUGAUGAUCAUCAUCAUGACGAUGAUGAUGACAACGAACAACAAUUAUUUAUUCGUGGUGCUAAUAUCAUUUUAGUACGAAUUAUUUCAGAGAAACAAUUACAAAAUUGA